UUUCAUGCCACCUUUUCCGGUGAAUUUUAUCGUCUUUUUGAUGGCUACGCUGGUUGUUGGUGAUUAGAUGGAGAAAUUAAAAAAAAAAAUAGUCGUACUGAAAAAAAAAUUGCUUUGGAUGGUAAUCCUGCUGGCUUACAACAUGUUCCAGGAUUAAGAGAAGAAACUGUAGCUCAUAAACAAAAAGAAAAAGAAGUGUUUAAUAAUAUGAGUGCUGAAGUGAGUGGAUAUGGUCAAGCUCCAGUAAUGAGAGACCGAAAAACUGGUAAACAACGUGAUUCAAAAGCUGAAGAAUUGGAACGUCUAGAAAAAGAAAAACGUCAGCAAGAAAAAAAUAAUAAAUAUUCUAAAUGGGAAAAAGGACUUGAGCAAGUUGAUGACCGGACUGAAAAAAUGAAACAGGAUUUAUAUGAGAUGACUAAAACAUUGGCCAGAUAUGCUGAUGAUGCUGAUAUUGAUGCUCUCCAAAGAGCAGAGGAACGAGAAGGAGAUUCCAUGCCGAAUUUUAUAAAAGAUAAACAAAUAAAAGAAGGCAAAAGACAACCAGAUAAACCGAGUUAUCAAGGCUUUUAUAUGCCCAAUCGGUUUGAUAUAAAGCCAGGUUAUCGUUGGGAUAGUUUUGAUCGAAGUAAUGGUCAUGAAAAGAAAUGGUUCGAGGUGAAAAAUGCUCGUGUUGCUGGUCGUGAAGAAGUCUACAAAUGGAGUACGUCUGAUAUCGAAAAUUCAACAAUAAACCAAGUCCUGAUUCAACGUAAUGAUUUAUCGUAUUAA